CGAGAGACCGAGACGAUGGUGAUGAUGGGGCAGCUGGGGCGGCUGGUGGACGGCAUCAAGUCGAGGCUGCGUGCCGGGAAGAGGGGCGGCAGUGGCACCUCAGUAAGGAAGGCAUCGGCGUCGGCGGCAGGCUAUGACAAGGUGGAGAAGACGGACAGCAUGCGAGUGGAGAUCCGCAGCCGCCAGGCACAUAAGCUCAUCGCCAAGAACCUCGACGCUGUCGACUCCAUUGCCCGGGCCAACAACAACAAGCGCUUCUUCUUCCUCGCAUGA